UCUCUUCGUCUUCCCAAUUCCUUGGAUGUGAUCUUUCUACAUCGUCAUCAUCACCAUCGCCAACAGCGCGCGCGUAAAAACAACCCUCUCCUUUCUCUGUGACACUCCAGCGCGACCAAUUACCCCGCCGAAAGCAAAACCCUACUACCUCUUCGGCCCCCACAACCACGAAGACUAACGAUGGGCUUCUUCACGCCUUCGUCGCGCUCCCCUUACAACAAUGCGCACCGGCCCAGCAGCUGGCACCCAUCGUCCUCCUCGCGGCCCAGUAGCUGGCACUACCCGUCGCACUCGCGGCCUUCGAGCGGCCACUCGACUCCGCGCUCCUACCACUCGUCGUACUACAAGCGCAGCCCCCGCCCCAGCUACAUCCAACAGCUGCUGCGCAAGCUGAAGCAGCUCUUGCGCGAGCUUUACGAGUACGCGCGCCGCCACCCGCUCAAGCUCGCGAUGUCUGUCAUCGUGCCGCUGCUGAGCACGGGCGUGUUCGCGGAAGCGGCGCACCGGUUUGGGCUCAGCUUGCCCGCGGUAGUGAUGAGUGCGCUUGGCGGUCCGCCGGCGGGUGCGAGCAGGGUGCGUGGGGGCGGUGGAUACUACGGGAGUAGGGGGUACGGGAGUGAUGGAGGAGAGGGGCUGGACUUGAAGAGUUUCUUGAGUUUGGUGCGGAUGUUCGCGUAGGGCGAGAGAGGUUUGAUUCCUGAUUUCUCCUCGUGGAUCGCUCGCGCUGCUGCGUCUGUCUGCUCUCCACGACGCCGAAAGAC